AUGAUGCUCUCCAAGCUCCGCAUUGCCGCCCUCUCCGCUAUUUUUACCCUUGCUGCCGCCACCACCGUCAUUCCGGUGGAUCCGCCCACCUCCCCCCAGUGCUGCAAGACGGUCAUCCGCUCAGACGAGUUCAUUGUCACGGAGCUGUUAGCGGACCUCGGCCUUAGUCUGGGCAACAUCACGGUCCCUGUCGGCCUCGGGUGCUCGCCUCUCAGCAUCCUUAACGGAUGCGGCGAUCUCUCCGUUACUUGCGCACCACCAACCGUCAAUCUCCUUAACCUCAUUGUUAUCAACUGCAUCCUAGUUGCGAGUUAG